AUGGAAGCUAGCGGAGAACGCCGCCUCUACUCCUGGUUACGGUGGCGCACGUGGAAAAGCUUCUUUCGGGAUUACUUCGCAGCCAGCUCGUGCCAUGGAAUGCGCUACAUUGUGGAACCUGGCCUAUCCCUACCGGAACGCACAUCCUGGUCGCUGAUGGUGACAGUAUCGCUGUGCUGCUGCAUCUCCGGCAUCAUCUACACCCAUCUGCGCUGGCAGGAGAAACCACUGAUUGUAAGCUUCUCGUCGAGCUCGAUCAAAGCGUGGCAGGUACCGUUCCCGGCGAUAACGAUCUGUCCCCAGACACGCAUCGCCAGCGACGUUUUCAACGUGACGGAGGUGUAUCUCCGUCAGCGCCAUAACCGUUCCCUGGUGACCGAGACCGAGUGGCACCAGUUGCGUGCCCUUGCGCAUGUCUGCUCGACCGUUAUGCGACCCAAGGAUGAUUACUACGGGAGCACAGCAGAAGACCGACCGUCAUCAGGACCAGGACAUCAAGGGGAGCAACAUUCAGGCCAUCACCAUCGCCAGCAACAACCCCUUCGGGAGCCGGUGGUACCGUUGUUGGUGAAUAUGUCAAUACCGCAGGCCGAACUCUUCGAAACUUGUAUGUGGAGCUUCAACUUUCGCCCCUGCCGUACGCUGUGGGCCAGGAAAGUGACGGAGAACGGUAUCUGCUACAGUUUCAAUAUGUUAUCGCACGAUGAACUCUUCUCCGCCGAUCAGGCAUUCCGCGAGCGGGACCUAAAUCCGGACGAACAUUUGUAUCCCUUCAAGACGUUACGGGCAUCACAGCUCCGGAGUACCGGGUGGACGAUGGAGAAUGGGUAUACGGCCGAGGAGGAUCUGUUGUCGUACCCGCGGAGGACCGCUAGUGCUGGGUUUAAGGGUGGUACGAUUGCGUUGCUUAUGACUGACGUCGACGAUCGGGAGUACGUUUGUUCGGGAGCCCAGCAGGGUUAUCGGGUAACGAUCCAUCCACCGGAUGAAUUUCCGCGGCUCACCGAGUACCACAUUCGGGUGCCACCGAUGCAGGCCGUCUCGAUCAUUGUGAAGCCUCGUCUGCUCACUUCCCAGAAGAGUUUACGUCAGUAUCCCGUCGCGAAACGGCAGUGUUACUUUGCGGGCGAACGGAACUUGCGCUUCUUCCGGGUGUACAACGAGCAGAACUGUGAGUUCGAGUGUUUGACCAACUUUACGCUGCGGACGUGCGGUUGCGUGACGUUUGCGAUGCCCCGUACCAACACGACACCGGUCUGUGGGGCUGAGGAUGUGCGGUGCUAUCGGAAUGCGGCCACGAAUAUGAUGGAACUCGGUGCGACGAUGAUGGCCACGGAAAGUAUCGAGAUCUGCGAGUGUUUACCGGCCUGUACGACGAUCAAGUACGACGUCGAGAUCUCGAACGAUAUGCUCAAUCUGGAGCGGAUGCUUGCCUCAAUGAUACACAAGGAUCCGGACCGGGAAUACCUGGAACCGAUGCUACUGUACGUUUACUUUAAGGAUAACAAAUUCCUCUACAGAAAGCGAGUCGCUUACACCACGUUCAACGGGGAACUGGCCAGUUUCGGUGGCAUACUAGCGCUGCUGGCCGGCAUGAGCUUGACGAGUUUGGCCGAGUUGGUGUACUUUAUGGUUGUGCGGCCACUGUGCCACUGGUUGCGUUCACAGUACGGUCCGACCAGGCGCUCAAGUGCAGCUUCUUCGCACGAAAUACAGCUCCCACACGUGAGCUGA